UAAUCUUUGGAUUUGGUCACAACUUUUAAACUUUAUAAUAAAUUAGAACUUAGAAUAAAAGUAUUGCAGAUACAUUGGUACUGUAAUACAUUUAUUAGUGAUCUAUGAACGAUAAUUACGACGUUUUGUACUGAGGCUGGAAAAAAAAAUCUACGCGUUAUUAUGGCAGAUAAAAUCAAAUUUUUCAUAAUUACCGGCGAUCCGGGAGUUGGUAAAACUACUUUGACGAAAAAACUAUGCUCUUUAUUGAGUUCAAAAGGAAUUAAAACUGUAGGAUUUUUUACUGAAGAGGUUAAGCGAAACGGAGUCAGGGAAGGAUUCGAUAUUGUUACUUUAGACGGAAUAAGAGGACGCUUGGCUAGAGAUCAAAGCUUACUUGCUGUUCCUGUAAAAUAUACCGUAGGGAAAUAUGGUGUUCUUAUAAAUGAAUUUGAAAAUAUAGCCUUAUCGUCCAUAAAAAAGACUGAUGAUUGUCAAACAUUGUUAGUGAUAGAUGAAAUUGGGAAAAUGGAGUUUUUCAGUUCUCAUUUCAAAUCUAGGAUCAGGGAGAUUUUCACUACAGAUUCCAAAAAUAUAGUACUAGCAACAAUACCAGUAAGGAAGAGUGAUCAUCUUAUCGAAUGUAUAAGGAAUCAUAGCCUGGCAAAAGUUUGGACUGUUACAAGGGAAAAUAGAAACAAUGUGCAUGAAGAUAUAUUAAAUGAAAUUUAUUUCUCAAUGAAAUGAGAAUCUUUUACUUUUUGCAAACUAAUUAUUGCAUAAAAAAUUAUAGUAAUAUUAAUGUUUAUACUGUUGUAGAAGUAUAUGUUGCCAUAUAAUAUUUAUUUUAA